GUAAGUUGUAUAUUGUGCUAUGGUGCGAAAACAAGGCUGAUAUGAGUGUGCAUUCAGGCAUAUGGCACGAACGCAUGGUGGCCACCCACAGCUCGGAGGAGUGCACUCGUGGUCAGCGUCUGCAGGCCCAGGGUUACACGGAGCCACCUCCUCGCAUCUCACGCUCGGCUCGUCGUGAGGGUGCUGCAGCCACUCAUGGACGUGGCGGCAGUCGUGGUGGUAGAGGCGGCGCUCGUCGUGGUGGACGUGGUCGUGGACGCGGUCGCGGAGGUCGUGGAGGAACCCAAGGAGCUACUACCUGAAUGAUUGCCAAGGAGUGAGGUUCAAGAUACCACCCCUGCGCUCGGGCCCCUAUCACUCAGCACAGCACAACUCAAAGAAACACAAUCCAAUGCAAAAGGUUUCUACUUUUGAUUCCUGCCUCAACUCUUCAUAUCUUUUUCCAUUCAAUCAUUCUCUUCUCCUACUUCUCAGAAGCAGCAACCCAAGCCUCGUGCAACUUCUUCUGCCUCUCCCAAUCCUU